GUGGCCGAGGUCGGUUGUUCGAAGCGAGUGCUUACUAGUUUUUCCCCCCACCCCGCAGCUUUGUCUUUUAUUUCGCGUUCUGACUCCCAGGGAGUCCAUCUGGCCGGUCCGGGGUCCAAGAUGGACAAAGUCUGUGCGGUGUUUGGAGGCUCCCGGGGGAUCGGCAGGGCUGUGGCUCAGCUAAUGGCACAGAAGGGCUACCGUCUGGCGAUCGUCGCCAGAAACCUGGAAGUGGCCAAAGCCGCCGCCGGCGAGCUCGGCGGAAACCACUUGGCAUUUAGCUGUGAUGUCGCUAAGGAACAGGAUGUUCAAAAUACAUUUGAAGAGAUGGAGAAACAUUUAGGUCCAGUAAAUUUCUUGGUAAAUGCAGCUGGUAUUAACAGAGAUGGUCUUUUGGUAAGAACCAGAACCGAAGAUAUGGUAUCUCAGCUGCACACUAACCUCUUGGGCUCCAUGCUGACCUGCAAAGCUGCCAUGAGGACAAUGAUUCAGCAGGGUGGGUCCAUCGUUAAUGUAGGGAGUAUCAUUGGUUUCAAAGGCAACGUGGGCCAGUCAGCAUACAGCGCCAGCAAAGGAGGGCUCAUUGGGUUUUCACGCUCACUUGCCAAGGAGGUCUCGCGGAAGAAAAUCAGAGUCAAUGUGGUCGCGCCAGGAUUCAUUCACACAGACAUGACAAAGCACUUGAAAGAAGAUUAUUUAAAGAAAAACAUCCCCCUUGGGCGCUUUGGAGAUGCUCUGGAGGUGGCGCAUGCGGUUGUGUUCCUUUUGGAGUCGCCGUACAUCACAGGACAUGUUCUGGUUGUGGAUGGAGGAUUACAGCUCACCGUCUGAUUGGAGAUGGUUCCGUGCUGAUGGCUGGUCACGUGCACAGCUUUCUAUUAAUUAGGCUAUCAUAGCUCUAUGGGUGACAUUUGUUACUAAAAAUGGUUCUAUCUUUGUGUGAACAUGUUUCAAAAGAACAAUGUGUGACUGGUUGUAAUCUAAAAGGUCUGAAUCCUCUGUCUUUAGAGGCCGUAGCAAUUUUAGCACAGACAUUUUGUAAGAGAUAUGCAUCAGUGUUUCUAUUUUUGCCUUGAAAACGGAAAAUUCUGUCGUCUGAUUGUGAUACAGUUCAAGUGUAUCAAGCUGGAUUUUUAAAACACAGACUUUGUGCUGUUGCUAAAAUAAGAGUAUUUGCA